AAAGCUUCCAACUUUCAGCACUCCAAUCUUGUAUCGAUACCGUUGUCUGUGACGUCAGAAAGCCAAUAUGGUAGAACAGGCUUUAUUAGCUGUCUGCACCACUGUUAUCUAAGGUGGUCAGAAGGGCUGAAGGGCAAAUAUGUCGGAUUAUUUUAGAUCAGCCCUUGGUUAUUUAAACGGUGGAACAAAUUCCGAUGAUUACGUUGGCCAGACUAUCGAGAUCAACAAUGUAAAGCUACGAGUGACACGGCUACUUGCCGAGGGUGGAUGGGCCCUGGUCUAUGUAGUCGAGGACAUAGCCACGGGACAGGAAUUUGCUUUGAAGAAACUUAUUGCCGUGGAUGACGAAGCAAAUCGUAUUAUCAUACAGGAAAUAGAUACUUUGAAAAAGUUGUCUGGCCAUCCUAAUGUUAUCCAAUAUUUAUGCGCUCACCGAAAUGAACGAGAGGAUCACAAGAGCUGCGAAUACUUACUAGUUACAGAGAUGUGCAAUGGAGGAACUGUUGCGGAUCUUCUGCGAAAUAUACCAGCCAAUACUCUAACUGUUGCUCAAAUUUGCCGCAUCGCUUAUCAGGCCACCAGAGCUGUUCAUCAUAUGCAUGCUCAAUCCGAGCCCAUUGUUCAUCGAGAUAUAAAACUGGAAAACUUCUUGAUUGGAAAUGAUGGUCUCAUCAAGUUAUGUGAUUUUGGAAGUGUAAGUACACAACAAAUACUCCCUGAUCCAUCUUGGAACGCCCAGAGACGUUCAGCGCUCGAAGAACAGCUGGGCAGGUAUACAACUCCUAUGUAUAGAGCACCAGAAAUGAUGGAUACAUGGAACAAUGAGCCUAUAGGUCCUCCGGUCGAUUGUUGGGCUCUGGGAUGCAUAAUUUACGCAUUAGUUACUCUACGACAUCCAUUUCCGGAUAGUAACAAAUUGGCUAUAGUCAAUGCCAGGUAUCCUCCACUGCCUCCAAAUCCUCGACUUGCCUGCUUUCAUGAUCUCAUAAAAGGCUGCCUGCAAACUUCACCUGUCCAGAGACUUACAACUUCUGUGUUACUCGAAAGGCUUGCUGCUAUCGCCGAAUCAAAUGGGUUCGAUCCGAGAGAAUCCCCAAAAAUUGAAACCCUUGCUGCAGCUAAACCUCCACCACCGCCCAGGCCAUCACCUCCUCCAGUUGCUCCACCACCGCGACCUGCCCCUCCUCCAUCUAUGCCUCCUUCGAGACCACCUCCAGCCCAGCCAAUACCAUCCAGGUCUGUGGCAGCCCCACCUACUGGUUUAUUCAGUUCACUGCGAGGCGGAGCUGGUAGUAUUCUGAAAAAUUUAAAGGAUACCUCGAGCAAGGUAAUGCAAACAGUACAGCAGAGUAUGGCAAGAACAGAAUUAGAUGCAAGCUAUUUGACAUCUCGAAUUUUAAUCAUGCCGUAUCCAGCCGAUGGAAUUGAAUCCGCAUAUCGAGCAAAUCAUGUUGAAGAUGUAAGGGCUUUUCUACAAGCUAGACAUCCACCGCCAGCUCGAAUCCAAUUAUACAAUCUUUCAAGAGGACGACCAAAUGCAUCGAGACUUCCGGGAAAGCAUAUCGACUGCUCUUUCGUCUUCGCUGCCCCAGAAUCUAAUACUCCGCUUCUCUCUGCUCUCUAUCAACUCUGUCAAGACAUAUAUAGAUAUUUGGAUGCAGAUUUCAAUCAUGUUGUCGUCUUAUACUGCACAGAUGGCUAUCGCACGAGUGCCGUGGUCGCUUGCUCACUGCUCCUGUACUCUGGCGCAUUAUCAUCAACCGAAGAAACAAUCACAUUAUUUACUACCCGACGCUGUCAGGCUCCAGUUUUGCAACCCUCGGAACUCCGAAGUCUGAAUUACAUGAAAUCAUUGGCCCGAGGAAUCUGUCCGCACUCUAAGCCAGUCAUAUUACGUAGCCUUAUACUGCAGCCAGUGCCGAUGUUCACUCGUGCUCGGGACGGCUGUCGUCCUUACGUAGAAAUUUACAGUGGAGGAGCGCUAGUAUUUUCGACUCGACGUACAGAAUAUGAGGAUAUGAAAUUAUUUAGCGUAAUGGAGGGCAAAGUUGCUUUAUUGCUGGGCGAUGCAACGGUCAGAGGUGAUGUCACUGUUGCAAUUUUUCACGCUCGUCAACAGUUGGGGAGAGCCAUGGGUAUCAAAAUAGCUUCCAUACAGUUCCAUACCGGCUAUAUUUCACGGGAUGAAACUAUUCUGACAUUUGACAAACCAACCUUAGAUGACGCACCAGAUCUAGGUGGCAGGUUCAAAGUCACACUAAACAUUGCUGUAACCGAUGAUUCUGGUAAAUCUGUUGGCCCUUCAGCUCCUUGGGAUCAACAGCCUUAUUCCAAGCUCAUACCUGACCCACUUUUUGGCUCUACUCUCGAAAUGGAAGAAACCCUGGAGAAUUUCCGAACAGAUAUACCGGUAGUGGAAGAAACACCUGAAAAGAUCCCUGCAUCUCAAUUACCUGUGGAGACACCUGAUUUCAGUGAGACUUAUGAGCCACUUGCUCAAGAAGAAAUUCUGCCUGAGGAUCCAAAAUUCUUUGAAGCUGAUCUUUUGAAUUUGGGCAUGCCGGAUACUAGUGCAUCCGUGAUGUCUACACCUGCACCUGUAGCGGUAAAUCCUGAAUUGAAUAUUUUUUCUAGCGACGACAAAACUCCAACAGUUGACCUGCUUGGGGGAUUCGCUGACUUCAGCAGACCAGAGGUGGUGAAAACUGAUACCAGCACACAUUCUUCAGCUACAGAGGAUUUGUUAUUCAAACAGACGCAACAGGGUGGCUCUUCUGCAAGUGACUUGCUGUUCGAUUCACUCCAGGAGAAUGUGAAUUCGGAUCUUUUAGGUGGAUGGGCUGGUCCAGGAGCAACCACCGGAAAUGCGGAAGAAAAUUUCCCGAGAAACGCUAGCACUCCCAAUUUCGCCGCACAAAUGAAAGACCCGUUUGCAAAUUUAGCUGGAUCUUUGGGGGCUGGAUUGAAUUCCAGCUGGAGUGGUACCCCUAGAGAUUCAAAUACACCACAAUCUGCGAGUCCAGCCGCAGCCGGUACCCCUGUGCAUUCUAGUCCUCGGGUACAAAGGGCUGCAGCAGGAUCCUCGAAUGAUACUGGAGGAAACGAUGCUGGUAUUUUUAAUAAUAAACCAACAAAAGCUGGAGGCGAUGCGUUUGGAGACUUAUUAGGCAGCCAAGGAUAUAAUUUCUUCAGUACCAGGCGUACGGAAAAGGAAAGUCCAAAGACAAUAAAUGAAAUGCGUAAAGUUGAAGCUGCAAAAACUAUGGAUCCAGAAAGGAUGAAAAUUAGUGAGUGGACGGAAGGCAAGAAAGGGAAUUUAAGAGCUCUCCUCUGCUCCUUACAUACUGUUCUAUGGCCAGAAGCUGAGCGAUGGCAGAGAUGCGAGAUGCAUCAGCUCGUUUCAGCUGCGGAUGUUAAAAAGGCAUACCGUCGCGCAUGCCUUGCGGUUCAUCCUGACAAGCAAGCUGGAACGGCGAAUGAAAAUAUUGCAAAGCUCAUCUUUAUGGAACUGAAUAAUGCUUGGAGUACAUUUGAAAAUGAUGCAUCGCAACAAAAUCUGUUUAGUUAAUUAUAGAAGUCGAUAGAAAUUAUCGAUAAUUACUCCUUAUCUUCUCAACUACGAUACUUGAUUAAUCGAAUGGAUUAAUGAUAUUCUGCUACUUGUAAGAUAUUCUCCUAACUGCAUUCCGAUGAUAUCGUAGUCAUAGCCGUAAUGUUUAACAGCAAAUCACGAAAAAGCAGUAAAAUAUACUUUGCCUAAGUGACUCCAUUAUUCGAUCUCCGAAUAAUGAUAGAAAUAAUUCUUGAAAAUAUCUACUACGUAAUAUGUAUAUAUCACAGUGUAAAUUAAACAGAUUCCAAAUGUA